UCUUAACAGACAAAUAUCUUUGUAUUAAAUUAUUUCAAAUGCUAUUAUUUAUUGAUCCAGAAAUAUUUAAAGUUGAUCAGUAUUCAUUAAAAGAACUUGAAAAAAUUUCAAAACAACUUUAUUUAAAAAAACCUCGAUUUUGUGAAUCACAGUCAUUUUGUGAAUGUUUAGACGAAACUCACGGUGCAGACGAUUCUGAUCUUUCAUAUUAUGAUGAUGGUAGUGAUGGUAUUGAUUUUUUCUGA